AUGACAAGACCGGAUUACUCGAAGCAAGGUUACACAGAUGUAUCUGCCGCACUGAGAAAUGCGAUUCUAACAAUUACAAUUAACCCUGCCAAUCAUCGCCCAAAAGAGUUCGCAGGUGCUCUAUACCAAAACCUCUUGCAUGUAUUUGAGCUAUGCGGCAGCGACGACCGUGUUAGAGCUGUGAUUCUCACUGCCGAUCACACCGCGCCUGCGUACUGUUCUGGGGGUGACAUAUCGGAUGGGUGGGACGGCCUUUGGGACCCAGAGUCGGAGAAAGAAGGCGAGCACGCCCACAGAGAUGCAGGGGGUACCUUGUCGAUGGCUAUAUACAGGUGUCAUAAAAUAACGAUAGCAGCUGUGAAUGGGCACGCCGCCGGCAUAGGCAUGACCGCCCUCCAGCUCCCCUUCGACUUCCGCUUUGUAUGGAAAGAUGCGAAGCUCGUCUUUCCAUUCAUAAGACGUGGUAUUAUCCCAGAAGCAACCUCCACGUUCCUCCUCCCAAAACUCAUUCAUCACUCCCUAGCCACGUCGCUCCUCCUCACAGCACGCGCAUCAACACCAUCGAAAUCCCGUGCGCUCGCAGCUUUAUACCAUGAGAUUCUGCCCACCCGUGAGGCUGUAUACCCUGCCGCCCGGAAAUUCGCAUUGGAUAUGAUAAAGAAAAGUUCAGCGGCGGGCGUCGGUGAUGUCAAAGUCUUGCUAAGGCAUCCGGGGACGAGUAUGGAAGAGAAUUACAUCUUGGAAAGCAUGGUAACUCGGGCGGCGAAGGGAAAUGCCAAAGAGGAAGGGGAUCCGUGGGGAAUUGCUAAGAGGCUGUUGUUUAGGGAGAACAGUGACGGAGAUGGAAAUAUCUAUCCAUGGUGGCAAACGAUAGACGUGCGACACCAUAAAACAAAACUCUAA